GGUGUGACCCCCCCACUCCCCCCCUUGUGCCACACACAGGACUUCAAAGAGCAAAUCAUCCACCACGUGGCCACCAUCAUCCUCAUCAGCUUCUCCUGGUUUGCCAACUACGUCCGUGCUGGGACGCUCAUCAUGGCCCUGCACGACUCCUCUGAUUACCUACUGGAGUCAGCCAAGAUGUUCAACUACGCCAACUGGAGGAACACCUGCAACAACAUCUUCAUCGUCUUCGCUGCCGUCUUCAUCGUCACCCGUUUGGUCAUCCUGCCCUUCUGGAUCAUGCACUGCACCAUGGUUUACCCCCUGGAGCUCUACCCGGCCUUCUUUGGCUACUACUUCUUCAAUGCCAUGAUGGGGGUGCUGCAGCUGCUGCACAUCUUCUGGGCCUUCCUCAUCAUCCGCAUGGCACACAAGUUCAUAACUGGAAAGGUAAGGGGGGGCGCAGCCCCGGUUCUGGGG